AUGAAGAAGACAAAGUUAACUAAAAAAGUAAAGCCAGUGACAAAUAGAAAAAGCUUAGUACAAGAUUCUCAAAUUUCUGAUUUGUCAAGUCAAUCUACAAUGCCGCAGCCAGCAGGGUUUCCAUCUAUCCACUUUCAAUCCAAUCAAAACUCAUUUCAAAGCACUAUAAAUAGUUAUCCAGUGCCAGCAGAAAGUACUUUCCCAGGCCACCAGCCUAAUUCUUCAAUGCCAGAGGAGCCAGAUCUUCCAGACAUCUCAGUCAAUCCAACUUAUCAAAUCCCAAACCCCUCUGUAGAAGAAGACGAUCUUCCAGACAUUUCCUCAGUUCCAAUCUCUCAAGGGUUCUAUAAUCCAACCAAAGUUCCUUUUCCAAAUAUUGAAACAGCCGAAUCAACUUUCCUCUCAAACGACUCGUCGAUUGUUCAUGAUAAAGCCAAUCUUUUAGAUCAAAAUCAAGAUUUCGACAUUCCAGAUAUAUCAGGAUCCUCCCAAAAUCCAAUCAGCAAUGUAGAAAACUAUGCUUAUAAUAAUAGCUAUGAGCCUCAGCAGCUGGCACCAGUAGAAUUAUCAAUAGACCCUUCAAUUAAUCAUGCAAACGGAAAUUGACAGUUUGAAAAUGAAAAAUAAAAUGGAAUUCGUACGAGAAAAAUUAGCUCUCGCUAAUUUUCUCUUCCUCAUGGAAUUUUAUUUAUGGGUUUGGUUUUACCUUGAGAACCUUUGUACAGCGGUCGCGGGUUAUAGCUCCAGUAUCAUUUUUGUCAAUUUAGGAGCAAUACCUUUGCCUAUUGAAUAGGCCACGAAAAUGUCAACUUUUCUGACAAGUGCAAUUUAAAAUGCAAAAUAUAGAUCAUAUUUGUCAAUUUUUAACUAGCCCUUUUCAUAAAAAUUGGCAUUUUCGUGGCUUAUUCAAUAGUCAUAGGUAUUACUGCUAAGAAUCUAUAAGGGGUCUUAAGCUAUAACUCUGGGGAUAACCAGAGGAACUGCUCCACAGUGCAUUCAAAUGCUUGGGGGCUUUUACCAUUUGGUAAAUCCCCACCUGAGGAUGACCCUUAGACGAUAUAAGUGCUGAAGCCAAGUCUCACAGAGCGACGGCAACGCGCUGGAUGAGAUGCCGGCCCUGGAGUUUCCGCUGGCUCUUGCCAGAGUGAUUGGGCUAGCUUCCAUUUUGGUCGGGUGACCGGUGACAUCACCAGUUGGCAUGGUCCCUAUUUAUUAGGGUGUGGGCACUAGACACCUCAAACACUAAGUAACUAACGAUAACGACAGUUUGAAAAUGCAUCAGGGCCUGAAGAUAUCAAGGAAGAAGCUGAAAAAAAUAAAGAAGAGGUUGAAGAAAUAAAAAUAGAGCCUAAAGAAGUUGAAGAAGUAGUAAAAAAUAAAAGGGUGAUUAUUGAUCUGCCAUUAACAAUGAAAUGUGAGUAUUGUGAAUAUGAAAGGUUUGAAUCUGACUUUUUCCCAAUGCACUUUGGUCCUGAAAAAGAAGUUUUAUGCAAAAUGUGCUGGAAUUCAAGAGUUGCUUCAGUUAAAAAAGAAAAAAUCGAAAUUCUGAAUGAGUGCGGAACCUGUGAGGAAUGGAAACAUAGGUAUUUUGGGGAAAAAAUAUGCCCAAAUAACUGCAUUGUGUGUGAGGACUGCCAGUAUCGCUAUAUUUUUAUGUGCAAAAUCCAAAAAAGACAAGAUGAAUCGUGCGUGUUUUGUAAUAGAGCAUUAAUUAAGAAGGAGCAGCCUUGGACUUUGGUGGCAUAA